AGGGAAAGGAAGGGAAAAGAUGGCGGCGGCCGCUGAGGCGGCAGGAGGAGGAGGAGGAGGCGGCCCGGGCUGCCGCGGUCCGGCCGGGGAGCUGUCGGCCGCCUGGGCCACCGUGAGCACCGGACUCGUGCCCCCCGCAGCGCUGGGCCUGGCGUCCCCCGGCCCCCGUGCGCGCCCAGAAGAGGAGGAGCUGCGGGCGGCGGUGGAGGUCCUCCGUCGCUACGACCUGCACUCGGUGCUGGAGGAGUGGUUCGCGGAGGUGUUGCAGACGGACCUGCAGGCCAGCAUCGCCCCGGCCUUCUGGGCCGCCGUCGGGCAGCACCGGCCCGGGCUCGGGGAGCCCCAGGCCGCCCUCCUCCUCCUGGGCGCCUUCGGGGGGCUCCGGGCCCGGCUGGACCCCUACCUGGUCAGCCUGAGCCUGCUGGAGCGCUGGACCCGGGCCGGCCUGCUCCCGGCCGGCGGCUCGCCGGGCCCGCGGGCCCGAGCCAACACCGUCAUCCGCGCCAUCCUCUUCUUCUCGCCCACCAAGACCUUCCGGGAGAUGAUCGGCCAGUUCUACGGCCGCGCCUUCAGGAUCUACAUGCACCGGCGGGUCGGGGAGGCCCGCGGGAGGGACCCCGGCCCCGAGUGCGGAGGCUGCGGGAGCCCCGGCCCGCUCUGCUGGUGCCCGCUGGCCCUGCAGCAGUUCCGCCAGCUCACCGAGAUCCUCCACAGGCUGGACCUGGUGGAGCGGGUCAGCGCCGACGCGGUCACCACCAUCCUGCAUCAGAUGCUGGAGGAGAGGAUGGAGCGGUGCUGCCGGGGGGAAUACGAGACGUCCUUCCUCAACGAGUUCCAAGAGUGGAUCGAGAAGGUGAUCGGCUGGCUGAGCCAGGUGUUCCUGCCCGAGGAGGCCGCGCGGGCCGGGGCCGGCCCCGCGCCCGCCUCCGAGGCGGGCGGCAGCCUCCGACGCUGGCGCUGCCACGUGCAGAGGUUCUUCUACCGCAUCUACGCCAGUCUGCGCAUCGAGGAGCUGUUCAGCAUCAUCCGCGAUUUUCCCGAGUCCAAGCCCGCGAUCGAGGAUCUGAAGUACUGCCUGGAAAGGACCAGUCAGAGGCAACAGCUGCUCAGCUCCCUCAAGACGGCUCUCGAGACCCGGCUCCUCCAUCCGGGGGUGAACACGUCAGACAUCAUCACCCUCUACAUCUCCGCCAUCAAAGCCCUGCGGGAGCUGGACCCGUCCAUGGUCAUCCUGGAGGUGGCCUGCGAGCCCAUCCGCCGCUACCUCAGGACACGGGAGGACACGGUGCGGCAGAUCGUGGCCGGCCUGACGGGCGACGCGGAAGGCUCGGGGGACCUGGCCCACGAGCUGUCCAAGGCCGACCCCGUCACCCUGGACAACGGCCAGGAGAGCGACGACGACCUCUCGGACCCCGAAGACUGGGUGCCCGACCCCGUGGACGCCGACCCAGGAAAGGCGAGCUCCAAGCGGCGGUCGUCGGACAUCGUCAGCCUGCUGGUCAGCAUCUACGGCAGCAAGGACCUCUUCGUCAACGAGUACCGUGCCCUGCUGGCCGACCGGCUCCUCCACCGCUUCAGCUACAGCGCCGAGAGGGAAAUCCGCAACGUGGAGCUGUUGAAACUCCGUUUCGGGGAGGCCCAGAUGCACUACUGUGAGGUCAUGCUGAAGGACAUGGCCGACUCCAGGCGCAUCAACGCCAACGUCCGCGACGAGGAGGAGAAGCUGCCCGAGGAAGAGCGCCCCGCCUUCCCGCUGAUGGCCGUCAUCCUGUCCAGCGAGUUCUGGCCGCCCCUCAAGGAGGAGAAGCUGGAGCUCCCGGAGCAGAUCACGGAGGCCAUGGAGGCCUACUCCAAGAAGUACGAGAAGCUGAAGGCCAUGAGGACCCUCAACUGGAAGCACCACUUGGGACUUGUGACCCUGGACGUGACGCUGGCCGAUCGCACCCUCUCCCUGUCGGUGUCUCCCGUCCACGCCGCCAUCUUGCUGCACUUCGAGAACAAGAGCAGCUGGGCCCUGGAAGAGCUGAGCGAGGUGCUGAAGGUGCCCACGGCGUCCCUGCGGCGGAAGAUGGCCCUGUGGCUGCAGCAGGGCGUGCUCCGCGAGGACCCGGCGGGCACCUUCUCCGUGGUGGAGGAGGAGCCGCCCCGGGACCGGGCCGACAAGGUGGUGCUCAUCGACAGCGACGAGGAGGGCGACUCCGCCAUGGCGUCCCAGGCCGACCAGAAGGAGGAGGAGCUGCAGCUCUUCUGGACGUACAUCCAGGCCAUGCUGACCAACCUGGAGAGCCUGACGCUGGAGCGGAUCCACAGCAUGCUCAAGAUGUUCGUCAUGACCGGGCCCAUGGUCACCGAGAUCGACCUGCAGGAGCUGCAGGUCUUCCUGCAGAAGAAGGUGCGCGACCAGCACCUCAUCUUCUCGGGAGGCGUCUACCGGCUGCCCAAGAGCUGCAGCUAGUCCGGGGCGGCCGGGGGGACCCCCUCCUCCCCCUUCCGGGGACCCACCCUCCCUCCGGUCGCAGGCGGACGGCGUCCGGGCCUCUCCACGGUCGGAGGCGGGCGACGCCGUGGACGAUGACCCGGGGUGGGGGCGGGGGGGCCUCGCGGGGAAGGGGCCUCUCGAAGACCCUCCGGACCCGGUGACUCUUCCUCCUCCUCCCCCGGCCCCUAAAGCCUCUCCCAGACGCCUCUUCCGGCGUGGAACUUUGUAAAAUACCGUAAUUUAUGCCCGAGGCAGGAAAACUCCAUUUCGCGCGGGUGCGGGGUAAGCGUUCUUUCGUGAAGGGAGAAAAAACACCUACGGGCCGAGCGCCGGUUCCGCCUCGGGUCAGCGUCAGGUCCUGUCAUAGCUCAGUAUUGGCGGGCGCCCCGUAAUAAAACCUCAUCUGGUUGGAGGACAGAGAAGCAGCAUCCGCACACGGGCGUCCCGGCCUUCCGAUUCACUCCUCCGA